GAGAUAGUGGUUCGCUCUCGCGAUGUUUGAGCCGCCGCCGGAAACAGGCAGCCUGUGGGAUGCUGAGUCGUCAACAACAACAACAAAAACAAGAGGAUCUUCCUGACAGCUAAGGAGACAGCAGGCGGUCUCUAAAUGAGCACAGCAAAGUUAAAAGCAAGAUCUAGAGGACCUUAAACCAGUCAUCAUGAAGUUGUAUGUUUUCCUGGUGAACACUGGAACAACCCUGACUUUUGACACCGAGCUAGCAGUGCAGACUGUGACUGAUCUUAAGCAUGCUAUCCAAACAAAGUACAAAAUUGCAGUCCAUCAUCAGAUACUUGUUGUCAAUGGAGGGGAAUGUAUGGCAUCUGAUAGAAGGGUCUGUAGCUACAGCGCUGGUACUGACACAAAUCCAAUUUUUCUAUUCAAUAAGGAAAUGAUACUCUGUGAACGUCCGCCAGUGAUUCCCAGGACAACAUUUUCAGCAGAGAAUGAAAUGGAGUUAAAAGUUGAAGAGUCACUUAUGAUGCCUGCAGUAUUUCACACAGUCGCCUCUAGGACACAGCUUGCAGUGGAAAUGUAUGAAGUCGCCAAGAAGCUAUGCUCUUUUUGUGAAGGUCUGGUCCAUGAUGAACAUCUUCAGCAUCAAGGAUGGGCAGCCAUUAUGGCAAAUUUAGAAGACUGUACGCAUUCAUACCAAAAGCUGCUUUUUAAAUUUGAAAAUGCAUAUACAAAGUAUAUACAGUCUAUAGAUGACAUUAAGGUGAAAUUAACAAAUUUAGGAACAGCUGUUUCUGUCAUGGCCAAGAUCCCGCUGCUUGAGUGCCUAACAAGACAUAGCUAUAGGAUGUGUUUAGAUAGACUAACAUCUACUGAGGUUUAUACUGAAGAAAUGGAGAAUGCAAAAGUAGACAAUGUGGUGCAAUAUGAUGAAGAAGCAAAACUGAAAAAUGUGGCAUUGCUAGCCUCACUUUCCAUGUCUGUGGAAGAGCAGCUAAAGGAAGUAACAGGAAAGGACACUGGGCAAGAGAACAACAAAUCUUCUACACAAAACAUGGAACUUUCAGAACCAAAUGACUCUGAAAAUCUCCCUUCCUUUAACGUUUCAUUAUUGGACUGGAUAAAUGUACAAGAUCGGCCAAAUGAUGUUGAGUCGUUGGUUAGAAAAUGUUUUGAUUCAAUGAGCAGACUUGAUCCACGAAUUAUUCAGCCAUUUCUGGCAGAAUGUCGUCAAACUGUUGCCAAAUUGGAUAAUCAAAAUAUGAAAGCCAUCAAGGGGCUUGAAGAUAGACUGUAUGCUCUUGAUCAAAUGAUUGCUAGCUGCAGCAGACUGGUUAAUGAACAAAAAGAACUUGCUCAGGGAUUUUUAGCGAAUCAAAAGCGUGCUGAAAACUUGAAGGACCCCUCUGUGUUACCUGAUUUGUGCUUAAGUCAUGCAAAUCAAUUGAUGAUCAUGCUGACAAAUCACAGAAAACUGUUGGAUAUCAAACAGAAAUGUACUACUGCCAAACAGGAGCUUGCUAAUAAUUUGCAAGUUCGUUUAAAGUGGUGCUGUUUUGUAAUGCUCCAUGCUGACCAAGAUGGUGAAAAACUACAGGCUCUAUUCCGACUCUUAACAGAGCUUGUAGAACGAAUCAAGAUUGUGGAGGCUCUUAGUACUGUUCCUCAAAUGUACUGCUUAGCAGUAGUUGAAGUGGUGAGAAGGAAAAUGUUCAUAAAACACUACAGAGAGUGGACAAAUUCAUUAGUAAAAGAUGGAAAAUCUCUUUAUGAAACAGAGAAGAUUAAAAGGGAAUCUUUUGGAAAGCUUUUUAGGAAAUCUUAUUUACGAAAUAGGCUCUUUAGAGGACUUGACUCUUGGCCACCAUCAUUCUGUACUCGUAAGCCAAGGAGAUUUGACAGUGAACUUCCUGAUAUCUCUGUAAAUGACCUUCGGUUUUUGCAGUGUAUUUGCCCUCCAGAAGUCCAGCUUUUCCUCAGGGUUCCCUUGCUUUGUGAUUUUGAGCCUCUACACCAGCAUGUGCGUGCUCUACACAAUUUAGUGAAAGCAGCACAAAGUUUGGAUGAGAUGUCUCAGACCAUCACUGAUCUGUUAAAUGAACAAAAGGCAUCUAAUAGUCAGCUGUCCCCACAAUGUAUAACUACGCAAAGGAUAGACAGUGCAACAGAAGCUACAACUACUACCUCAUCCAAAACUCCUUUAUCACUCAGUCUUCAGGGACCCAUUUGUCCUGCUGUUAAUGCUCCCGGGCCUUUGGAAGAGCUGUCUCCAGACAGCAUUGAUGCUCAUACGUUUGAUUUUGAAACGAUUCCACAUCCUGGCACUGAACAAUCACUUAAACAGGGUUCUUUGGACAUGGACUCUUUGGCAGAUAGUCCUGAAUCUGAUUUUAUGUCUGCAGUCAAUGAGUUUGUUAUUGAAGAAAAUCCUAUUUCACCAAAUAUAAGUGAUACACAAAGUCCAGAAAUGAUGGUCGAGUCCCUAUAUUCAUCUGUUAUUAAUGCAAUUGACAAUAGAAGAAUGCAAGAUACAAAAAGCAAAGUAAAGGAUGAAAACAUAUCUUCCAGAGUUUGUCUGGAAAAAUGUAAAAUUCUUGCACAUGAAUCUCAAACCAGUUUGCGUAAUUUUAAGGAGGAUCUUUCUUACUUAAAAAUACUUGUGCAAAGAGAGCAAAAGAACUUUGCCAGUGCUAUAAAAUCAGUUUCUGCAAAUAUUUAUGAUACAGUUGAUAAAGUGAAACUGUCUAUUGAAACAGCAUUAAAGGAAAAACAUUUAGAAGAACUUCAGGUAUUAGAACAAUCUUAUCAGAAAAGACUGCAGCUUUCAAAGGAACAAUUUGAUGAAAAUGAGAAACAACUGAAAAGUGACCUUGCAAAACUAAAAGAACAUUUGAAAAAUAGAGAUAAUGAAUUUGCAUUGAUCAGGAAUGAAAAUGAAACUUUUCUAUGUUUACAGAGUGAGCAUAAUGAGAAAAUCAUAAGUCUAGAAAAUACAAUGAAGGAGCAAGCAUGUGAAAUUCAGCAACUAAGACAAUAUCGGGAAGCCGCUCUAGAGGAUAUUAGAAAACUUCAUGCUGAAAAUGAAGAAAAGCUCAGGCUUCUUAAGGAAGAUCUUAUGAUAUUAGAGCAAACGCAUUUAAAAGAGCUUGAAGAUAAUUUAAAACUCAGGCAUGCACAAGAGAUGGAAAGUUUGACAUCUGACCAUAACCAUUCUCAAGAAAGGGUCAAACAAGAUCAUAAACGUAUGGUUGACCAGUUGGUAGAAUCUUAUAAUACAACAAUUCAUGAAAAAGACAGUAGGCUACAAGAAAAAGACCUUAGAGUUUCUGAACUUUCUGACAAUAGAUGUAAAUUAGAAGUUGAACUGGCAUUAAAAGAAGCAGAAAUCGAUGAAAUAAAAUUAUUACUAGAAGAAUGCAAAGCACAACAGCAGGAAGUCAUGAAAUGUCAAAUUAAUAAGAAAACCGAAACUUUGGAAAAGGAGAUAUUGAGGUUGAAUAGCUUGAUUCGGGUGCAGGAUGAUAAACAAGAACAGGGACUAGUGGAACUUGAAGCAUUGUUGUCAGCUGAAAAAAAUCUGUGCAUUUCAGAACUUUUAAAUAGACAUGAAACUGAGACCAGUCUAUUUCAGGAAGAAAUCAGUAGUCUGACACGUGCACAUAAGCAAGCAUUAGAAACAGAGUGUGGACUAUGUCAGCAAGUUAAUGAAUUAAGAAGUAGAUUAGAUGAAAAUGUAAAAGCGCUUGAGAAACAAACAGAACUCCAAGAAAAGACUUUAAAUGAGCAGAAAAUGAAAUAUGAGACUGCUAUUCAGAAGCUUGAAGAAGAGCAAGAACAAAUUUUGCUUGCACAAAAACAAGAAAAGGAGUUGCUCCUUCAAACAUUUGCACAUGAGAAAGAGGAAGCUGUUAAAAAGUUUAAGGCUAUUGAACAAGAACUAUUAGAAAAAGUAUGUCAAGUUGAACAGCAAGUAAACCAGAGCUCUACUGAAUUUGCAGUGCCAGAAAAUGCCCCUAGCUUGGUCUAUAAGCUUCAAGAACAGCUUCAAAAAGAGAAGCAGUCCUUCACAGAGCAGCUUGAACACCAGGAAAGGAAAAGGAAUGAGGAGAUGCAAAGUCUUAAGAUUUCACUGAUUGCAGAACAACAGACAAACUUUAACACAGUUUUGACAAGAGAAAGAGUGAAGAAAGAAAACAUUAUUAGUGAGAUCAAUGAGAAAUUAAAGAUGGUUACACAACAGCAGGACAGAGAUAAAGAUUUAAUUGAAACACUGUCUGAAGACCGAGCUCGUUUGCUUGAAGAAAAGAAAAAACUUGAGGAAGAAGUUGCCAGGCUACACAGUUCUAAUGUUGCCAUGUUAGCUCAGGUGACUGUGGCCUCUGAACCUAGUGGAGCCUCUGCACCUGACUUUCCCUCUGAAAUCGAUAGACCAAACUUUGAUGCCACAGUCUUUGAGGAAGAGAAAUUGGAACCUAGUAUUGAAACCAGCAUGAUGGCUGUUCAUGAUCUUACAUUGUCAGAAGAAAAGCAGAAGAUAAUGCAGCUUGAAAGAACUUUGCAGCUAAAAGAAGAAGAAAAUAAACGUUUGAAUCAAAGAUUGAUGUCUCAAAGCAUGUCUUCAGUAUCUUCAAGACAUUCAGAAAAAAUUGCUAUUCGAGACUUCCAGGUUGGAGACUUAGUACUUAUUAUCUUGGAUGAGCGUCAUGAUAAUUAUGUGUUGUUUACUGUCAGCCCAACUUUGUACUUCUUGCAUUCGGAAUCUCUUUCUUCACUAGAUCUUAAACCAGCUUCUGGCUCAUCAAGAAGACCCUGGGUUUUGGGAAAAGUAAUGGAAAAGGAGUAUUGUCAGGCAAAAAAGGCGCAAAACAGAUUUAAAGUACCCCUGGGUACUAAGUUUUACCGGGUCAAAGCAGUGCCAUGGAACAAGAAAGUAUAACCAUUCUACAGUUAAUAUAUCUCUGCUAUCAAUUCUCUGGCCACAGUACCUGUUCAGAAGGCCAAACAGCAGGUCUCCUUUUGAUACUAAGGUUGGAAUAGCAGUUAGUCCUCACUGGUGUUGUAAAUUUACUUUUUUUAAGGUUCAUGUUGUAGAAAUGUAAAUCAAAUCAGAGGAUUCUGCAUAUCUGCCCCAGUUUUUUAACCCAAAGUACUUUGAAAUGUGGACCAAGAGGAGUUGAUUUUUCCAAAGGGUAUAUAUGGUGUUCAUGCUGACUUUUAACAUGCUUCCUGCCUGUUAACUAUAAAUUAGCUUGUACUUAAAUGUUGAAUGUUAGUUACUAUAAUUACCAGCAUUUGUCUUUUUGUGAAACAUUUAUCUAAAGUACUUGCAUUCUUCAACUCUUCCUUUAUAAUCUGUAUAAAUCUGACAGCUAUUUAAAAUAAGGACUGUUUAUGGCAUGCUGAUAAUCAUCAUUUAAUUUAAUAUGAAUUUGCCUCAAGACAAAAAAAAGAAUAGAUAUCCAACAGAACUCAUUUCAUUUCUUUUCAAAGGCUUGUUAAUGUUUAUAAACCAUUUGACAGGCUGGUCACUGCAGUUUUCCAAUGCACUUUCAACUGAUUUCUUGUGGACAUACUCAAGGGAAGAAUGUAUACAGCACCAAGUAUAUAGGCUGUGCUAAAGCAUUCCCAACGAUACAGAAGUCUUUUAUUAUGUUAAAGAAAUCAUAUUGAUAAAUUGUAUUUUAUGGUUGAGUUUCAUGCAAAAAAAGGUUCAUUGUACAUUAACCCUACCGAAGUAACAAAUUAUUGUAUUGCAAAAGACAUGUAGACUUUUAAAACAAUAAAGAUUUAAACCUGUAAAUGUUUGAAAAUUUGUGUUUUACAAACAGGAACCUGAACUGUAUAUAUGAAAAGUCAAAGGAUCCUGCAUAAUUUACUUCAUGCAUCUAAGUUAUGUGAAAAGUAUGUUAUGGUAAUGUUUUCCAAUAAAAUAAGGGAAAUUUGUGUA